CAAAGUCUGCCGUUUGGACGAUUACGGCGGUCGUUACCCUCACUACGGAUCUAGGAGAGACGUUUUAUGAGGAUAAUGCCACUCUGGAAGCAAUUCUUUACAGAAAUGGACCUGGAAGUGCGGAGACGGCGGUGCUGAGCAAGACUGUUGACUGGACGUUCCCUAUGAGAGCGUUGAAGGUGGUGUUGCAGGUCGAUGCCGCAAAGUGCAAUCCUAAGCAUCAAUACUUCCUGAGAGUCGGUGAGAAGGACAGAAAAGCAGUGCAAGAUGUAUGGGGGCAGUAUAUGAUGGUGCAAGGGCGGACCUCUGUGCUGCCAAUAUGGAGUUUGCCGUUCAGGCUUGGCCAGAAGACGAAGGAGCUGUUUGUGGAGAGGAGGCUACAAAUACGGGAUGAUAGAGUGCUGAAGGUGGUCGAGGAGACUGGUGAAAGCAUUGCACGGCAUAUAUGGGAUGCUGGUUUGAGUGCUUCCCUUGUGCUCGCUUCACUAGACAAUGAGAGGAGCAAUUUGGCAUCACCAGAGUUACGGAAAGCCAUAAGGGCAUGUCUCAAUCGUGAUCAUGUCAAUAUCCUUGAGCUUGGUGCUGGAUGCGGGACGUUCGGCAUCACAUUUGCAACACUCUUCGAGAAUUGCUUGGUCACUCUGACAGACCUGGGUCUAGCUAAAGAAAUUGCAGACCUGAACCUUAAGGCCAAUUCUCUGGGUGAUCGAGCAAAGUUCGUGGAACUGGACUGGACAGAGCCAUUGCCAGAACAUUACAAAACCAGCUUCGGUCUGGUGAUCAUGACAGACUGCACCUACAAUUCUGCAUACUUCGAGCCGCUGGUCGGUGUGAUAGAUGCGGUUUUGAACAAUAAUAACCGACUGCUAAUGGCAUACAAGCGACGGCACGAGGACGAGAAGGAGUUCUUUGAGCUCAUGGAGGCAAAAGGACUGGAGGUGACGUGCAGGACGAAGGUGGCAAUUGAAGGCGAUACAGAGACUGCACAGGUGAUAGAGCUGCUGAUAUAUCAAAGAAAAUAA